UUUAUUUUAUAUUGAUUUUGCAGGAUCCAGAAGGUCUUUUUCCAUGUAUACUGGGUCAUGAGGCUGCAGGGAUUGUGGAAAGUGUUGGAGAAGGUGUUACUGAAGUUGAGGCUGGUGAUCAUGUGAUACCUUGUUACCAGGCUGAGUGUGGAGAGUGCAAGUUUUGUAAAUCUGGGAAAACGAAUCUGUGUGGGAAAGUUCGAGCUGCAACUGGAGUAGGGGUGAUGUUGAGCGAUCGCAAAAGUCGCUUCUCUAUUAACGGAAAACCCCUCUAUCAUUUUAUGGGAACUUCCACAUUUAGUCAAUACACUGUUGUUCAUGAUGUUAGUGUAGCCAAGAUUCAUCCCAAAGCUCCUUUGGACAAAGUUUGUCUUCUUGGAUGUGGUGUUCCAACUGGUCUUGGAGCUGUCUGGAACACUGCAAAGGUGGAAAAGGGGUCAAUUGUUGCUAUUUUUGGCCUUGGAACUGUUGGGCUUGCUGUAGCAGAGGGUGCAAAAGCUGUUGGUGCAUCAAGGAUUAUUGGCAUAGAUAUUGAUAGCAAUAAGUUUGAAAGAGCAAAGAACUUUGGAGUGACCGAAUUUCUUAAUCCAAAAGAACACGAGAAACUAAUUCAGCAGGUCAUAGUUGAUCUCACAGAUGGUGGAGUUGAUUACAGUUUUGAGUGUAUUGGAAAUGUCACUGUGAUGAGAGCUGCUUUGGAAUGCUGCCAUAAGGGUUGGGGGACAUCAGUUAUUGUGGGGGUUGCAGCAUCAGGUCAGGAAAUAUGUACUCGACCUUUCCAGCUGGUGACUGGACGUGUAUGGAAGGGAACAGCAUUUGGUGGCUUCAAGAGCCGAUCACAAGUGCCUUGGCUUGUAGAAAAGUACAUGAAUAAGGAAAUCAAGGUUGAUGAGUACGUCACCCACAGUUUGACUCUUGCGGAGAUCAAUAAGGCAUUUGACCUCAUGCAUGAAGGAGGAUGUCUCCGUUGUGUGCUUGCAAUGCAUGAGUGAUGAUGAAAUCAAGUAAAAUCAAUUAUGACUAUGUAGACUUCAUAAAGACGUGCAUGCAUGCAUGCCUUGAUAAUAAUAUGAAUGUUAUCUUCUCAUGUCAGUUGGCAUGAAAACUAGCUAGCUAUCAGAAUUCUUUUUGCGGUGGAUUUAGUUUUAACUGUGCCAAAUGUUGAUACUGAAUAACAUUCGAAUGUAUGCUGUCACGGUAGCAAAUAUCUGCCAAAAAAGUGUGGAGUGAGUUAUCACCCAUACCAAUUCUUCUUAAAUAA